GAAAGAGAUAGAUAAUUUGCCAAUCGCGCACACUUUUAUAUAUAUUUCCAAAUCUCACACAUUCAUCGUGUAAUCGUAUGGUCGGCUCUGUUUUUUUUCACAAGGUUCUGUCUAAAUUUCACGGCCAAAUAUAAUCUCCUCAGCCAUAAUUGCUGUUUUGUGUUUGUUGUGUUCGACAGUUGCCCAAGUACCUUCUAAAAGAACAGUCGAAAUGUAUCUUGCGCGAAGAAAUUGCGUCAUUAUUAAUCAAUUAAGGUGUUUUUCAGCUCAGGUCAAAGAAGCCACUGCAAGUGAUUAUCGUGCUGAUGUGAUUGAGGAAAAUUGGAAAACGGCUAAGCCCUACAGUGAUAUACCUUCACCAUCGGCAUUCAAGCUCCUCUUCAGUUUUCUUCCUGGUGGAAGAUUUAAUUCUGUCCCAUUAUCUGUGAUUCAUGAGAAUCUAAAAAAAGAAUAUGGGUCUAUUUACAAAUUGAAAGGAGCUUUCGGAAAGAGAGAUGCCCUCAUAUUGCAUGAUCCGAAAGAUUAUGAAAUUGUCUUUCGAACUGAGGGUAAUUUCCCAAUGAGACGCCUAUUCGAUACUAUAGCCUACUACCGAAAGGAACACAGAAAAGACAGAUUCGCUAAAUCUGCUGGUCUAUUGAAUGAACAUGGACAAGCAUGGUGGGAUCUUCGGCAUAAAGUUAAUGGUGUGAUGAUGAAGCCACAAAUUACAAAAGGAUACACAACUACUGUUGAUGAAGUAGCAUCUGAUUUUGUGAAAAAAUUACACAAUUUGAGAGAUUCUAAUUUGGAUACACCAUCUGAUCUUCUCUAUCAAUUGAAUCUUUGGGCAUUGGAAUCAAUCUCUUACAUCACAAUGAACGUAAGAAUGGGACUUUUAACUGGAAAACCUGAUGAAAGUGUUGUAAAAUUCACACAAAAUUUAAAAAUAUUGUUUGAUUUACUUUUCCAACUUGAAUUUCUACCGUCUAUAUGGAAAGUAUAUAAAACUCCAAAAUUCAAUAAAUUUUUGCAAAUCAUGGAUGAAUUGCAUGAUACCAUAGAGAAAUUUGUAGAAAUAGGCUUGGCCAAUUUGAAGGAAAACAGUGCUGAUAAGAAAAGCAAUUCAAGAGAGGAGAGCGUUUUGGAAAAAUUAUACGCUAUUGAUAAAGACAUUGCAUUUCUUAUGGCGAUGGAUUCUAUCUUAGGUGGUGUUGAUAGCACAGCAGUAGCAACAUUCUCGAUUUUGUACAAUUUGGCACAAAAUAAGGAAAAACAAGAUAUCUUAAGAUCGGAAUUGUUGAAAAUUCUUCCUGAAAAAGACUCACCUCUUACAAUUGAAAACAUGAGCAACUUACCGUACUUACGGGCCUGCAUUAAAGAAGGAAUGAGGAUUAUGCCAGUUAUUGGAGGAAAUUUGAGAACAACUGGACAAAACAUUGUCAUUAAAGGAUAUCAAGUACCUAAAGAAACUGACGUGUUAAUGCCCGGUGAGCUAUUCUACAAAAAUGAUUACUAUUUCCCAGAAGCAAAAUCCUUCCGUCCGGAAAGAUGGUUGAGAUCCGUAGAAAAGCAUGAGAAUUAUAAUCCAUUUACAUACAUUCCAUUUGGAUUUGGAAGUCGAAAUUGCGUUGGUCGACGCUUUGCAGAAAUGGAAAUUGAAUGCCUUGUAACGCGAUUGGUGAGGAAUUACCAUCUGGAAUGGCAUCAACCACCACCAAAAAUACGUUCAACAACCAUCAACAUACCCUAUGGAGAUCUCAGACUGCGUCUCAAAGAGUAUUAAUCAUUGACUUUAUCUUGUAUGCAUGUGAUGACUUGUAAAUAAUAAAAGAAAUUUCAUUAUA